AUGGCCGUCACGGUUUUGUCAUUUUUUCUGCCGAUCGCAUUAUUCGAUCGGGUUUUACAGGCCGGUUCGGUUCGGAAUCAUGAACAACCUACACCGUGGACUAUCCCGCUCGGGUCCACCUGGCCCGACCGUCGAGUUUCCGAAGAAACGUCAGACAUGAAUAAUAAUAAUAAUAAUAGUACUCAAAGUGCAGACGAAUUUUCACCUGCCGUCGAUCUACAACAAAAACACGACGGAGGUUACAGUACAUUAUCUUCGGCGGCGAUACCGGGCGACGACUCCGACAGCUUCGACCAUCCCUGGGUCCCCUCAACAUUUCCCGUUUACCCAUCAAUGACCACUGGUAAACCGAUAUUCAUUCCCCAUAGUAAUCAUCGUCACGCCGAACACCCGAACAUUUACGACGGCCGAACCUAUCGGCCGGACGCGGACAAUUCGAACGGACAACGUCCAGAAUAUCCAACAGCGAAAGAAAACGUAGUGCCGAUAUGGACCAGGUACGAAUUUGAUUUAUUAAUAGCAUAUUCCGUAAGAGUGAUGCGCAAGGUAUGAGACAUUGACGAGUUAAAAGUUUAAAAUAAAAUUGAUUUAAAUUAUGUCACUUACUUAUAAUGUUAUAACGCGUGCGUUAUUUAUAGUUUUUCAAAUUAACUUUUACCAUGCAAUCAUUUACAUUUGUGUAUGUACGCGAGUCUAUUUUUUAUUAGAACGGCAGAUACCUUAACUAAGUCGAAAACACUUUUUAAGACAUUUAUUUAAGAGGUUUCUUUUCAUUUAUUUAGUUUAAUAUUACGAAGUAGACACUAGAUAGAGUAUUUAAUUGUUUUUUUUCGGCCAUUUAAUUUGAAACAUUGGAAAAUUAAAAGCUUAACAAUAAUUUAAAUUUCGUCAAAUCAAAAGAACUUACUACACUAACUAAUAUUUCGAAUUUUAAACAGCAUGAUAAAAAAAUACUGAUAUAUUUCGCACGAUGGAUGGGCGACUGUUGUAGGUGAGAAGUUGGGAAAAUAAGAUACCGAAGGGAAUUUAAUAUAUAUUUGUAAACAACGAUAAACUAUUGCUAACGAAAAAACGUAUCUGAGCGUAGUUUAGUUAAUAGUGAUGCUUUGUCAACAAUAUAUAUGUCAUAUUGUGAUAUAAAAAUUAAAUAAGCAUUAUAUAUUUUCUUUAAUAAUAUUUAUUAAAUAUUGUACCGAUUUUCCUAUUUUUCCUACGUUUUUCUCGGUUUUUCACAUUUGUUGAGAAAACAAAACUCUUGGGAAAAUUGAAAAUUAACCUCCCUAAAGUAUCGUCUAAAAAUAAAUUUCCUUUCAGAAGAAGGCUUACGUAGAAAUAAGCUAUCAUGUAGAAAAAAUGUUCACAUAAAAAAAAAUAAACAUCUUUGUAAAACCAUACAUUCUUCGCUAUAUUCUGUAUCUCAAAUACUUCAAUAAACUCAACUUUUUCUUGUUGAACACUAAGUACAGUCUAUAAUAAACCUCCUAUUAUUUAUCUAAGCAUUUCUGUUUGGUCAAAACAUUUAAUCCAUAAAUUAUCUAUCGAAUAAGUAUUAACUAAAAAAACAGCAAAAUUAAAAUAUCUAUAAAAAGCUAAAAAAUAGCUUGAAUGUUUUGAAAAUUUUACCACGUCUUCAAAUGGCAAAUAUAAGACUUUUUCUUUUUAAGCUUCGAGUCUUUACAGACAUUUCGAACAGAAUUACAACAAACAAAUAAAAUUAAAAUUAACAAAAGCAUAUACGAAAAUAUCUCACUUUUUCCCGUUUAUUUCUAAAUAUUUCCCGGUUUUUCCAAAUUAUAUAGAAGACUGCUUGGGAAAUAAAAAAAUAGCCACUCUUAAGGGUGGUUAUUUUAGUACCACCUCGAAAAAUGUCCUACCAAAAAAGGUGCUACACUUGAAAAUUGAAAUAAGAUUUCUGGUAAAAUAGUUGUAUACAAUAUAAAAAAAAUAAAAAUAAAUUAAAUUGUAAAACAAAUACUUUCCUCGCUUCACUAAGAAUCUAAAAAAAAAAACUAUCCCAGAUAGUAUUAUGAUUUACCUAGGUACUGGAUGUUUAAAUAAAAUUAAAACUGUCUGCACCAAAGAAUUAUGUUCAAUACUACUCAAAUAUGUAUCGAAAGUAUUUUAAUUGAACUAGUGCUCGUUUAUUGACAGGUAUAACAAUUAUUUCGCCGACCAACGACAUUUGAAAAAACAGCAUCAUAAUCGACAGGUCUUCGUCGAUCCGAUUAUGUCAACAAACGGCGGCGGUCGCCCGUUCGUCAACAGGUUCCAGCAAAACGCAUUGGACUACGAUUUGGCCGACGGUGGCGUCGAUUACGCCCAAGUCUCGGAUCACCAAGAUCUUAAAGACGUCGCCGGAAUUGCCGGUGGCGAAGAAAAUGACGAUGGCGGUGCGUCCAGCUGGUUCGACCAACUUCAAACGCGUCCGUCGUCCUCCACGGCCAAAGCUCGCAGGCCCAGCCAAGAGGCAGUAUUUGACGUGUACGAAAUAGCCUCGUCGGCAGUUGUAGGAAUUUCCCAAGCCAAAGCGUUCAAGGUGCUGAAAUUCCUGUUGUUCCUGCUCAUCAAAUUCAAAUUGUUCGUGUUGAUGAAAUUCUGGUUUAUCGUCAAACUAUUCGUGCUUGCCAAAAUCGUCAAGAUCAUGUUGCUGCCCUUCGUGCCUAGCAUGAUGAUGGCUAUGUUCAACAAUAACACCUCGUUACCAGCCCCGACCCCCCAUACGUGCCCGUGCCUUUUGGUCAGCCUGCCCAGUCCCCCAGGACCCCCCAGUGACAAUUCCAUCAGCACGUCAGACACGAGCUUAUCCAGCAUGAUGAGCUCCUCUUCCUCAUCUCGGAAUGGCAACGCCUCCAUACCAACCGUUAUAACGCACAACAGGUUUCUUGACUUCGACACAUUUGGCGUCGCUUUCGUCCCCAAGUUGGCCCGUUUCGUGUCCACCGUACAAUCGGCUCAAUGUGUGCAACGUAUGGCCUGUAACGAAGCCGGAUCCAAGUCACCGAAUUUGGAAUUUGUCUGGAUAAAUGGGUAAGAACAAAGUGAUCCAAUUGGUCCUGAACUAAUAUCUAUAGUAUACAUCACCAUAUCUUAUAAAUGGAUGCUAGAUUGAGAUGUAAUACGGCAAUAUCGAGAGAAUGAGAGUGGUAGUUUGUGACUAUUGCCAAAAGAUAAAGAAAGAAAAGAGACUAGAGGUUAUUAGGAAAGAUAUAUGGAGGUAUGUAAAUGAAUAAAUAAUGACAUGUUAGGGAGUGGCGGAGGGUGGGAAUAAGAGCUAAUGACUUGCUUGCGUAAUUCUACUAUAUAGUAGAAAAUUAUGAUAAGCGAGAAAAUAAAUUGUAAAUACUAUUAAUCGUUUAGUUUCGUUAUCUACGAUACGGGUAUAGAAUUUCUAACAUUUGAUUGUUUACCUCGAACAACCGUAAAGAAACGCCAGCUAAAAAUUUGUUUCAUGUUACGACAAAGGCCAAAUCUGUAAUUUUGUGUAACAUAUCUUUGUAUAAUAAAAUCGUUGUGGGAGCUUUUUGCUAAUUUGUAUAGUGAAAUUUCUUAUAAAUAAUAUUUAUCUAUAAGAAUCUAUAGGACACAGGAUUUCUAGCAUUUUAUUGUUUAUCAGGAAUAUAUUUUUGAUAAAGUUACUGAUGUACCUAUAAUGUGUAUCUAUUUGUUUUAAAAUUUAAGUAUUUUGAAUUUUAUACCAUUGUAAAGGUAGGUAUAACAGAAUUAUUAUUUUCACUCAAAAAUUAACUUAAUCAAUCCCUGUAUUUUUUAAUUGAUCUGUGAUGGUGUAAGUGGUCGCAUCACCGAUAGCAAAAUAACAACCACAUCCAGCCCACGAAAUCUCAUCAAUGUACUCACGAACAAGGUGAGUGAUCAAGUCAUCUUGAAUAUCUCCGAUGACAAUACAUAUGAAUUAAGGAACAUAAGGAGUGUUUCGUUUGACGUAAACAUUUGCAUUAGUUAAAAAAACGAUUUUAUAUUUUACAAAAAAAAAAUGUGCGGUAAUUUGCAUACUUUGAAUUCAAAUUAUAUAUUUAUCGAUUACAACAGUGAUGUAAUUUAAUUUUUUUUUACUUGAAGAACAAUUUUUCGUAAUUUACGUAAUAUCAUAUAAUUAACUUAUAAUAUUUCUGUAAUUCAAUCUAAACCAAAUUAUAAUAUAAUAUAUGACAAUGCACAUGUCGUGCUCUUUUUAGUUGUGAAUUUUUUUUUUUUUUCAUAAAAUGAAUACUCAUGUGAAAAUUUCACACAAAGUAUCCAUAUCGGGAAUAAUAUUUAAUAUUUUUUUUUUUUAAUGUAAAGUGAACAAUAAUUUCGACUUAAUAAAACGAAUAUUAAUUUUGUGCACUAUAAUAUAAAAUACCUAACAAUAUCAAUUAUUUUAUUGCACAGUAAGAGUGUGUGAAUAACUUAUCACAUCCACAGUGUGCAAAACCUUUUUGUUUAUAUUUAAAAGUACUAAAACCGUAAAUAAAUUGCUAUAAUAUAUCAUAUUCGUUCGGUUAUGAAAUUUAAAUCUGUUAUGAUAGUGAAUUUAAAUUUGAAAUAAUUCUAUGGGUGAAUCGAUGAUGAUGUUAUAUGACAGUUUAAUAUGGAAAAUAUAUCCGGAGAAAAACUAGUGAAAAAACGUAGUAAUCAGAAAAAAAAUUGGAAAUUUAAGUGAAAGUAAAAACUUAAGGUGAAAUCGAUAUUUGGAAAAAAGAAAACUGGAUAAUUUUAUAUAUUAAAAAUUAAUUUUUAAUAUUUUUAAAAAAUAAACUUUAAAAAACUGUAGAAACAAUAUUAUAAACUGUAAACCAAAUAAUAUAGCUUAUUACCCAUUAUUUUCGUUCACGUUAAAUUUAUUUUUUCCCGUUAUAUUUUAUAAUUUUCAAAAAACUGGUUUUUUUUUUUUUUAAAUGUAUAUUUUUAAUUCUCCCAGUUUUCUGAAAACGUCCUUUAAUUACGAUUCCGGAAUAAUAAUAUACACAAAAACUAACAAUAUAAACAUAAUUGCUCUCACCUUAUAUCCAAUUACGACUAUAAUAUGUAUUUUGUAUUUCAGAGUCAUGUCGUCAUUGGUAAGUUAUAUUCCAAGCAAGAAACUAAAGUUAUAUGUAACAACCUUCAAGGAGGUUUCGGAUUCACGCCAGGAAAAUAAUAUUUACAGUAAAUUUACGACGGAUGAAUGGUCAAAAUGGUGCACGGAACGAUAUUCAUGCGAAGAAGAAACGACGACGAAUGUAAUGGUCUAA